CUGCAUCAGUCGUUCAGACAGACCGCUACUGCAACAUUUUUCAAGCAUGUACGAUUCCAUGAGAUUUUAUGUUCAAGAUGAAGAGUUUUAUAAAAGCAAUUUCUUGUAAUAAACCCCGUCAUACACCUCGUAUUGGGAAGAAGAUUUACACUGACAGCUUACAAAUACCUGGAUGUUGGAAUCGUCGUGGGACUUGUGUCUUUUGUGGAAAUCAUAAUUGGCGACAAAGUAACAACAUAAUCUUGCCUCGUGUAAUGUGGCAGGCUUUCAUCGAAAGACGCGUGGAUAUUGAGCGAUUCGUGCAAUCAAUCGCACCUUCAUUAUCGGUCCAAGGUCUAGUGAUUGAAAUCGUAAAAAUGCCGGAUGUGAAUGUAGUCAAAUUAACACUGCGCGAAACAUGUCUGUGUAUAUGAAGCCGUCAACCGUGCUCUUUAUGUUCUAACUCAAACAUUGUGUCGAGAACGUAUAUUCUGAACUGUGCCAGUAUACGCAUAUCGUCAAUGAAAAAUUUAAAUGUUUUGUACUUUUAGGAGAAAAUUGUAUCAUCGAUAAAUGUGAUGCUGUAAAUUUUUUGCGCAAAAUUUAUAAUAAAAAAUCAAAUAUAGAGUGUGA